AUGGAUAAUAAUAUGCAAUUAUUCUUUGACCAGAUGAAAAUUGAGAUGGCAAAACAAACAAAAGAGAUUAUUUCACAGAUAGAUGAAAAACUAGUGCCUUUUACUCGUGAAAUUGAACAAUUAAAAUCGGAAAAUAAAUACUUAAAAGAUAAAAUUUGUUCAUUGGAAAGAGGCAAUAGAGCAAACAAUUUAAUCAUAUAUGGUCUAAAAGAAAUCGAACAAUCAUCGUCUGAACUUGUAAAAAAUUUGAAAGAAAAAAUAAGUAGUGAUCUCGAUAUUUCUCUCAACCUCAAAGACUUUAAUUUAGCACGAAGGAUAGGGAAUCCAAAUAGUAAAAAUAAGAAGGAAAGGCCAGUAUUAGUUUCAUUUGUAAACAAUUGGCAGAAACGUGAUAUUCUGAAAGACAAAAAAAAAUUGAAAGACAUACAUAUUUCCGAAGAUUAUCCAAAAGAAGUCUUAGAUAAGAGAAGAGAAUUACACCCGAAGCUUUUAGAGGAAAGGAAUAAUGGCAACUACGCCGUCCUAAACUAUGACAAACUUAUCGUCAAUAAAAGUAUGACUGGAAGUGAAAAACGCAUAAGAAACUAUUCUACCUCUCCUGCUACUAAUAACCAACUAAAGAAGCAAAACGCUAUAUUAUAUGAUAAACUAAAAAUAGGAGACAAAAAUAACACAACAGCCAAAAAUAAAAGAAUGCUUUCAACGUCUCCUGAAACCAACCUCACCGGGCAUAACGAAAUUAGAACGUUGACUAGCAAGAAGAACAAGACUCAAAAUACUGAUUCCCAGAUGAAAUAUAAAAGAUCAUCUAGUCUGCCAGAGGACGUCGGAAAACCAGGGAUCCUGAACUUUCUGACUACCAAAACCCCAAAUAGCGCACCCGGAAAAAGGGACAAUAACAAUGAAAAAUAUUAG